GUAGAACACAGCAUCUCCGGUAGCGUCACCGUAGGCCUCGCAAGUAAACUGACCUGCCUUCUCCGCUUUCCCCUCCGUCUCCGUCGGGAGUCGAGACAAAGGGAGCCAGAGUUAGUCCCGGCGCCGUGUCGCGAGCGGAAGGAGAAGGACUGAAGGAGGCGACGAUGCAGGUGAAGCAGAAGGUCUACGAGUUCUACAAAGGCACGGUGGAGCGGGUCACGGCCCCGCGCACCGUCUCCGCGUUCCUCGAGAAGGGCGUCCUCUCCGUCCCCGAGUUCAUUCUCGCCGGCGACAACCUCGUCGCCAAGUGCCCCACCUGGUCCUGGGAAGCGGGCGAUCCAAGCAAGAGGAAGCCGUAUCUCCCCGCCAAUAAGCAGUUCCUCGUCACCCGUAAUGUGCCCUGUUUAAGACGUGCCAUCUCGGUUGAGGAAGAGUAUGAUGCAGCAGGAGCAGAGGUGGUUCUCGAUGAGGAUGGCGAAGGCUGGCUUGCAACACAUGGAGUGCAAGCAUCAAAGACAGAAGAGGAGGAAGACAUUCCCUCUAUGGACACCUUGGACAUAGGGAGAUCUGAUGGAAUAAAGUCUAUCCCCUCUUACUUUAGCGGUGGCAAGGAUGAAGAGGAGGAAGAUAUACCUGACAUGGAUACUUAUGAAGACACAGGGGAUAAUUUGGCUGCUGCUGAACCAUCAUACUUUAUCGCAGAAGAACCAGAAGAUGACAACAUUCUUCAUACCAGAACAUAUGAUGUUAGCAUAACGUAUGACAAGUACUACCAAACUCCACGUGUCUGGCUAACUGGAUAUGACGAGUCAAGAAUGCCAUUAAUGCCUGAACUUGUGUUUGAAGACAUCAGCCAAGACCACGCACGAAAAACGGUGACUAUUGAGGACCAUCCUCACUUAUUGGCUGGGAAGCAUGCAUCAGUGCACCCAUGCAAACAUGCAGCUGUGAUGAAAAAGAUCAUCGACGUUCCAAUGUCGGGGGGAGUGGAACCAGAAGUUGACAAGUACCUUUUCAUAUUUUUGAAAUUCAUAGCGACAGUCAUACCGACUAUUGAGUACGAUUAUACAAUGGACGUCGACCUUGGCAGUACAAGCUGAUUAUUGGUUGGCUUGAAGCUUGUCACUUGUCUCGGGAAAAGGAAGCACCCUACCAGAAGGCGCAGGAAGAAGGCUGAAUUGCGUGUUUGUGGUUGAACAUUUGUGCAUAUGUGCUUGUUCCUUGGAUCGGUUUGCAUUUGUGAACAAACUCUGAAAAGCUCAAAGGCAAGACCCAUCUUGUACAUUCUGUGACGCUGUCAGCUUGUGAAUCCAUUCGU